AGUACAGUUUCUUUGUUUCUAAUGGAAUUCUCAUAGUGCUACAAGUUAUACCCUUUGCUUUUGCAAGUCAAGUCACUUAAGGAGGAUUUACAAAAAGAAACUAUCAGUGUGGACCAGACUGUGACUCAAGUGUUCCGGCUAAGACCUUAUCAAGAUGUAUACGUGAAUGUUGUAGACCCUAAAGAUGUGACCCUUGACCUAGUGGAAUUAACUUUUAAGGAUCAAUACAUUGGCCGAGGGGAUAUGUGGCGACUAAAGAAAAGUUUGGUCAGCACAUGUGCCUAUAUCACCCAGAAGGUGGAAUUUGCUGGCAUCAGGGCACAAGCUGGUGAGCUGUGGGUCAAGAAUGAGAAGGUCAUGUGUGGUUAUAUCAGUGAAGAUACCAGGGUGGUGUUCCGUUCUACGUCGGCUAUGGUUUACAUAUUUAUUCAGAUGAGCUGUGAAAUGUGGCAUUUUGAUAUUUAUGGGGAUCUGUAUUUUGAGAAAGCUGUGAAUGGUUUCCUUGCUGAUCUAUUUACCAAGUGGAAGGAGAAGAACUGCAGUCAUGAAGUGACAGUGGUUCUGUUUUCUAGAACUUUCUAUGAUGCAAAAUCUAUUGAUGAAUUUCCUGAAAUAAAUCAAGCCUCAAUUCGACAGGAUCACAAAGGGCGAUUCUAUGAAGACUUUUACAAAGUGGUUGUGCAGAAUGAGAGAAGAGAAGAAUGGACUUCACUUCUAGUGACCAUUAAAAAGCUCUUCAUCCAGUAUCCAGUUUUGGUGCGACUGGAACAGGCAGAGGGCUUUCCUCAAGGAGAUAAUUCUACCUCAGCACAAGGAAACUACCUAGAGGCCAUCAAUCUGUCAUUCAAUGUGUUUGACAAGCACUAUAUCAACCGMAACUUUGACCGGACUGGGCAGAUGUCUGUAGUGAUCACGCCUGGGGUCGGAGUCUUUGAAGUGGACCGCCUACUCAUGAUUUUGACCAAACAAAGGAUGAUAGAUAAUGGAAUUGGUGUAGACUUGGUGUGCAUGGGAGAGCAACCAUUACAUGCUGUCCCAUUGUUCAAGCUACACAAUCGGAGUGCUCCUCGAGAUUCUCGGCUGGGUGAUGACUAUAAUAUUCCUCACUGGAUAAACCACAGUUUCUACACAUCCAAAAGCCAGCUUUUUUGUAACAGUUUCACCCCACGAAUUAAACUGGCCGGAAAGAAGCCUGCCUCUGAAAAAGCAAAAAAUGGACGUGAUACAUCUCUUGGGACUCCAAAAGAAUCUGAGAAUGCCCUUCCAAUCCAAGUAGAUUAUGAUGCCUACGAUGCUCAAGUGUUCAGGCUGCCUGGCCCAUCCCGGGCUCAGCGCCUCGCCACCUGCAGGUCUGUGCGGGAACGGGAGAAUCACAACCGCAAGAGUGCCAGCUCUUGUGAUGUCUCAUCCAGUCCUUCCCUUCCGAGCCGUGCACUACCCACUGAGGAAGUAAGAAGCCAGGCUUCUGACGACAGCUCCCUGGGCAAAAGUGCCAACAUCCUGAUGAUCCCACACCCCCACCUGCACCAGUAUGAAGUCAGCAGCUCCUUGGGCUACACCAGCACUCGAGAUGUCCUGGAGAACAUGAUGGAGCCACCACAGCGAGACUCCAGUGCACCAGGGAGGUUCCAUGUAGGCAGUGCAGAGUCCAUGCUACAUGUUCGACCUGGUGGAUACACACCUCAGAGAGCGCUGAUUAACCCCUUUGCCCCCUCACGGAUGCCUAUGAAGCUCACGUCCAAUAGAAGACGUUGGAUGCACACUUUUCCUGUGGGACCAUCUGGAGAGGCCAUUCAGAUCCAUCAUCAGACCCGGCAGAAUAUGGCGGAGCUGCAGGGCAGUGGGCAGAGGGAUCCAACUCACUCCUCUGCAGAGCUGUUGGAGUUAGCAUAUCAUGAAGCAGCUGGAAGGCACAGCACUUCCCGCCAGCCUGGUGACGGCUUGUCCUUCUUGAACUUCAGUGGAACAGAAGAACUUUCUGUCAGCCUGCUUAGCAACAGUGGUGCAGGUACAAAUCCUAGGAUUCAAAAUAAGGAUUCUCUAGAGGACAAUGUUUCUACCUCUCCAGACCCAAUGCCAGGCUUCUGUUGCACAGUUGGAGUGGACUGGAAGUCUCUCACUACUCCGGCAUGCCUCCCCCUCACCACCGACUACUUCCCCGACCGCCAGGGCCUGCAGAAUGACUAUACGGAAGGCUGUUAUGAUCUCCUGCCGGAAGCAGACAUGGACAGGAGGGAUGAGGAUGGUGUGCAGAUGACAGCCCAACAGGUGUUUGAAGAGUUCAUUUGCCAGCGCCUCAUGCAGGGUUACCAAAUCAUAGUGCAGCCCAAGGCACAGAAACCCAACCCCGCUGUUCCACCCCCAUUGAGCAGUAGCCCACUCUAUAGUCGAGGCCUUGUGUCCCGAAAUCGCCCUGAGGAGGAGGACCAGUAUUGGUUGAGUAUGGGCAGAACUUUCCACAAAGUGACACUGAAGGACAAGAUGAUCACAGUAACUCGAUACCUUCCCAAGUAUCCUUAUGAAUCUGCCCAGAUCCACUAUACCUACAGCCUGUGUCCUUCCCACUCAGACUCAGAGUUUGUUUCCUGUUGGGUGGAAUUUUCUCAUGAGCGGCUAGAGGAGUACAAGUGGAAUUAUUUAGAUCAGUAUAUUUGUUCUGCGGGCUCUGAGGAUUUCAGCUUAAUUGAAUCUCUGAAGUUCUGGAGGACCCGCUUCCUGCUUUUGCCGGCCUGUGUCACUGCCACCAAGCGCAUCACAGAGGGGGAGGUCCACUGCGACAUCUAUGGGGAUAGACCUCGUGCUGAUGAGGAUGAGUGGCAGCUCCUGGAUGGCUUUAUCCGUUUUGUGGAGGGUUUGAACCGGAUCCGCAGGCGGCAUCGCUCAGAUCGCAUGAUGCGGAAAGGAACUGCCAUGAAAGGCUUGCAGAUGACUGGGCCCAUUUCCACACACUCCCUUGAGUCUACAGGUCCCACUGCUGGGAAGAAAACUUCAGCUCUGUCUGCCCUGCUAGAGAUGGAGGCCAGUCAGAAGUGUCUGGGAGAACAGCAGGCAGCUCUGCACAGUGGAAAAAGCUCUACCCAAUCAGCUGAGAGCAGCAGUGUUGUAAUGACUCCCACCUAUGUGGACAGCCCACGAAAGGAUGGGGCCUUCUUUAUGGAGUUUGUCCGCAGUCCACGCACAGCAUCAUCUGCCUUCUACCCUCAGGUAUCUCUGGAACAAACUGUCAUUCCGGUGUUGGAUAACACCAGUUUGGGGGUAAGCACAGGUCAAUCUGUGGACAGAGGCAACAGCCAGACCUUUGGGAACGCUCAGAACAUAGGAGAACAGGCCUUUCCAUCUGCAAACUCUAGUGACAGCAGUUCUCAACAGCAGGCAGCAAGCUCCUUGACAUCAUCUUCCACCCUGGCAGAGAUCCUGGAAGCCAUGAAGCACCCCUCGACAGGAGUUCAGUUGCUCUCUGAACAGAAGGGCCUCUCGCCAUGCUGCUUUAUCAGUGCUGAGGUGGUGCACUGGCUGAUAAACAAUGUGGAUGGGGUCCAGACGCAGGCAAUGGCCAUUGACAUCAUGCAGAAAAUGCUGGAAGAACAGCUCAUCAUGCAUGCAUCUGGUGAAGCCUGGCGGACCUUCAUCUACGGUUUCUAUUUCUACAAGAUAGUAAUGGACAAAGAGCCCGACCGAGUGGCCAUGCAGCAACCCACUGCCACCUGGCACACUGUAGGCGUGGAUGACUUUGCCAGUUUCCAGCGCAAGUGGUUUGAGGUUGCCUUUGUGGCAGAAGAGCUCUUGCACUCUGAGAUUCCUGCCUUUCUCCUACCCUGGCUGCCCAGCCGGCCAGCCUCCUAUGCUAGCAGGCAUAGCUCCUUUAGCCGCAGUUUUGGAGGACGGAGCCAGGCAGCUGCACUUUUAGCUGCCACUGUCCCAGAGCAGAGGACUGUGACCCUGGAUGUUGAUGUGAACAACCGUACAGACCGGCUGGAGUGGUGCAGCUGUUACUACCAUGGUAACUUCUCCUUGAAUGCAGCCUUUGAGAUCAAGCUACACUGGAUGGCAGUGACUGCUGCUGUGCUAUUUGAGAUGGUCCAAGGUUGGCAUCGAAAAGCUACCUCCUGUGGCUUUUUGUUGGUACCGGUAUUGGAGGGUCCUUUUGCACUUCCCAGCUACUUGUAUGGCGAUCCCCUGCGAGCCCAGCUCUUCAUCCCGCUCAAUAUCAGCUGCUUACUCAAGGAGGGCAGUGAACACCUGUUUGAUAGCUUUGAACCAGAAACAUAUUGGGAUCGAAUGCAUCUUUUUCAGGAAGCCAUUGCACACAGGUUUGGAUUUGUACAAGAUAAAUAUUCUGCCUCUGCAUUUAACUUCCCUGCUGAGAACAAGCCUCAGUAUAUCCAUGUUACAGGAACAGUGUUUCUGCAGCUGCCCUACUCCAAGCGCAAGUUCUCAGGGCAGCAGAGGCGGCGGCGGAACUCCACCAGUUCCACAAACCAAAACAUGUUCUGUGAGGAACGGGUUGGCUAUAACUGGGCCUACAACACCAUGCUUACCAAGACUUGGCGCUCUAGUGCCACAGGGGAUGAGAAGUUUGCAGAUAGGCUGCUGAAAGACUUCACAGAUUUCUGCAUCAACCGUGACAACCGACUGGUUAUGUUCUGGACAAGUUGCCUAGAGAAGAUGCAUGCCAGUGCCCCAUGAAGCCAGGCCAUACAGGGCUCAGAAGGCUGUGCACAUGCUGGGGGCCAAGGGUUCAGGUCAGGCUCUGGGUGUCAGGUGUCAGUUUGCCUCUGCUGGUGUGUAGGGGCCCUAACUUUUUUGGGCUCCCACAAGUAUUCUAGAGGAGAAAGACUUGGGCAGUAGCUGCUGCUGCCACCACCACCCAGCUCCCAUCAAUAAGUGCCCAAAGCAGGUGGGAGGCACAGAUUGUCCAUGGGAGGGCUUUAGUAUUUGGCAAAGGGGGCAAACAGUCCCUAUGAAUGUCUUUGGAGAAGGGGUGCCCCUGUUAGUAUCAUUUUCCUCCACCAUCCAUGGACAAUUGGAACAGAAUCUGCUGCUUCCUGCCUAGGAGUAUGCACGGUGUAUAAGAGAAUUCUGUGAAAUAAUGUACCAUAGACUCAAGCCAACUGUAUAUACCUGUACAUACCCGAAGRAAAUAAAGCUCCACGUGCAGCAUCUCUAUUGCCAGCUUCAUUCCUGGCAGCAACAACCCCACAUGGAGUGGGAAGUCGUGCCUGGUCUAUGCAGUAACCACAGAUGAUGAAGACUUCAGAAUGUACUGCCUCAGAGAGGGGCUGUGGGUUAACUAAAAGAUUUGUUUUCAUAGGCCCUUGGGCAGAAGUAAGUUGCUUCUGAUCAAGACUAGUGAGCAGAUAGUACCAUGCAAUAGGUAAC